UUUGCUUGAGAUUUCAUUUGCACAGCGUUUUUGACUCCCUAAAACGUGUAAAGUCAAAGAAUGACUUCUGUUCAAAUAAGGAUUGAUAAACUUCAGAGUGUGAUGCGCUGGUGCACGCGUGGCCGUGUGCGGACGCUGUGCCUGGGGCUGGCCUGUCUGUCUGUGCUGCUUCACCUCCUGCUGGUGAUGCUCACCCUCUCCGUGUACCAGACUCCGUGUGAGCCUCACUCCCAACUCCCCAGCGAGACCAUCAGGGCCCUCGCCGACCCCAACGCUGCUCCACGUACGGACAGCCACAGGGAGGCCCCCUCUGGCCUGAGACAGCCUCGCGUCUCCUCCAUGGAUGUUGGCGGAGACCACCAAGUGGUCGCUCAGACACGGGAAGAGAGCUCAGCGCUAAAGCAGAGUGGAAUUGUCGAGCCCCUCGGUGAGAUGGCCAGAGCGAGACCUGUGAGUUCCCCUCAGCCUUUGAAGCCUAACCUCACUAAGCUUGAGGCUCUGUUCCAGCACCCGCUCUUCAAGCCCCCUGGACCGCCUCUCCAGGAGGACGACUGGCUGCUCCUAGUGAAGCCAAAGGUUAAGGAGAAUGAGCUGGAGAGUCCUCAUUGGUUGAGCGCCAGUGAGGAGGGAUACGAUGCAGUUCACCUGAACAAUGACAUCGAGACUUACCCGCCCUGGCUACGCUUCCACCUGGGCAUCACGCGCUGGCAGCUGUAUGACCCUAAUGAUCCCAAUCUGCGUCAGCUGGAGGAGCAGCUGACUUCCCACAAGAUUGUCAGUGCGGUGCAGAAGACCGGAGGCACUCAGCUCAAGUUGGUGAUGUCAUUUCCUAAUUACGGGCAGUCGCUCUUCAAGCCCAUGAAACAAGACCGUGAUGAUGAAACAAAUUACAAUCUGUAUUACUUCUCUGACUUCGAAAGACACAAUGCUGAAAUUGGUGCAUAUCAUCUAGAUAGGAUUUUGGGGUUCCGAAGAGUCCCACCUGCUGUUGGCAGGCUAGUUGAUGUGAUUACAGAAAUCAAAGACAUAACCACUGACAGAAAACUGGCAAAAACCUUCUUUAAUUCACCAGUGGGUAACACGUGUUUCUAUGGUCAGUGCUCAUACUACUGCUCCACGGAGCAUGCCGUGUGUGGCCGCCCUCGUGCUCUGGAGGCCUCGAUGGCCACCAUGCUGCCUGACCUCUCCUUGGCUCCGCGCCGCUCCUGGAGAAGCCCAUGGAGGCGUUCCUACAGCCGCAGUAAACGGGCACAGUGGGAGACAGAGAAAGAUUACUGUGAUACCGUGAAAAAGACCCCACCAUACAACCAAGGAACACGGCUAGUAGACGUCAUUGACAUGGCCAUCCUGGACUUUCUCAUGAGUAACAUGGACAGACAUCAUUACGAAACAUUUGAGAAGUUUGGCAAUAUCACCUUCCUCAUACACUUAGACAAUGGGAGAGCGUUUGGUCGUUUCUCCAAAGAUGAACCCUCUAUAUUAGCACCCCUGGAGCAGUGUUGCAGGGUCCGCCGCUCCACUCUGAUGAAGCUGCAGCUCCUGGCCCUGCCUCAGUACCGCCUCAGUGAUGUCAUGAGGGCGUCACUCUCACAGGACCCUCUGACCGCUGUAGCUCCUCUUCUGUCUGAGCCACACCUUGUAGCCUUGGACCGCCGUUUAGCAAGAGUCCUCAAAGUUGUUGGACAUUGCCAGGAGCAAUACAGCAAUGUUAUCUACAAUGACAUCCCUGACUAUCCUUGAUUGUAUUAUAAUGACGUGUAUGAGCUUGUGAUUACUUAAAAUAAUUAAACUUUAUUUAUUCUA